AUGGGGGAGGCCACGCGGCGGCGGCGGGUCACGCCGACGCUGCUGCUGGCGCUGGUGCUGCUGGCGGCGACCGUUCCUGCAGGCUUCUGCGCCAUCAACGCUCAAGAUGCUUCUGCUCUCAACGCCCUCAAGAGCCAAUGGACGAACGCCCCGUCGAGCUGGUCCUCGUCGAGCGACCCCUGCGACGGGGGUUGGGACGGCGUCAUGUGCAACAACGGCAGGGUCAAUUCGCUGCGGCUGUCAAGUGUCAACAUCCAGGGCACGCUCAGCGACAGCAUCGGACAGCUCACCCAGCUCGUCUACCUGGAUGUUUCCUUCAACCUCGGUCUCAGUGGUCCAAUGCCCGCUACAAUCGGGAACCUUGCACAGCUUACCACACUGAUCCUGGCAGGCUGUAGCUUCACAGGAAGCAUUCCACAGGAACUCGGCAACCUACAGCAGCUCACAUUCCUGGCGCUGAAUUCAAACAAGUUUACAGGCACAAUACCCCCUCAACUUGGUUUACUCUCAAAUCUCUUCUGGUUGGAUCUGGCUGAUAAUCAGCUCACUGGAUCUAUCCCGGUCUCAACAGCGACGACACCAGGGCUUGACCAACUUAUCCACACGAAGCACUUUCAUUUCAACAAGAACCAGUUAUCUGGGACACUUGCAGGUCUCUUCAACUCCAAAAUGAGUCUGAUUCACGUAUUGUUCGAUAGCAAUCAAUUAGCUGGUCCAAUACCAGCAGAGCUAGGGGGCGUUUCAACACUCCAAGUCCUCCGACUAGAUAGGAACAGUCUUCGGGGAGCGAUUCCUCCUAACAUCAGCAACUUGGUGAAUCUUAAUGAGCUGAACUUGGCCAACAACCAGCUCACUGGAUCACUGCCAGAUCUAAGCAGCAUGACCCAAUUAAAUGUCGUGGAUUUAAGCAACAACUCUUUUGCCGUUUCAGUAGCCCCAAACUGGUUCACAACUUUAACAUCUCUAACCUCUGUAUCAAUAUCUUCUGGACAACUUUCUGGCGUGGUCCCCAAGGGUCUCUUCAGAUUGCCCCAGCUGCAGCAAGUUAUACUGAGCAAUAACGCGUUCAACGGAACCCUUGAGAUCACGGGCAACAUCAGCAACCAACUUCAGACUAUUAAUCUCAUGAAUAACGGUAUCUUUGCUGCCAAUGUCACCCCAAGCUACAAGAAGACUCUAGUGCUAGUCGGGAAUCCAGGCUGCCAGGACCCAGAUUUAAAAUCCUUCUGCAGCCUCAAGCAGGAGAGCAUGAUAGCAUACAACACCAGCCUGAGCAAAUGUUCCUCUACAGAUUCAUGUUCCAGUGACCAGAGUCUGAACCCUGCAAACUGCGGCUGCGCCUAUCCCUACGCCGGGAAGAUGGUCUUCAGAGCGCCGUUAUUCACGGACCUGACAAACAGCACCACUUUUCAGCAGCUGGAGACAAGCCUCACGACGCAGUUAUCUCUACGUGAUGGCUCUGUAUUCCUCUCGGACAUCCACUUCAACAGUGAUAACUACCUCCAGAUUCAGGUGGCGCUUUUCCCAUCGACUGGGGUGUCCUUCAGCGUGCCGGAUCUGAUACGGAUAGGCUUUGAUCUGAGCAACCAGACUUACAAACCACCACCAAAUUUUGGACCUUAUUACUUCAUUGCAAACACAUACGCUCUUUUGGCAGGUGCUUCUUCUAGUGGUAGUAAGAAAUCACAGAUCAGUACUGGCGCUAUCGCUGGAAUUGCGGUAGCUGGUGGACUUCUUGUGAUUGCUCUCAUUGGCAUGGUAUUAUUUGCGUUGCGACAGAAAAGAAGGGUUAAGGAAGUGACGGGACGAACUGACCCUUUCGCUCCAUGGGGAGUUUCUCAGAAAGACAGUGGAGGGGCUCCACAGCUCAAAGGAGCAAGGUUGUUCUCUCUGAAUGAACUGAAGAACUGCACCAACAAUUUCUCAGACACCCAUGAGAUAGGCUCAGGAGGCUAUGGAAAGGUGUAUAAGGGAACACUCGUUGAUGGAACGUGGGUCGCCGUAAAGAGAGCAGAGCGGGGAUCAAUGCAAGGUGUGGUGGAAUUCAAGAACGAGAUCGAGCUGCUCUCCAGGGUUCAUCACAGGAACCUGGUGAGCCUGAUAGGCUUCUGCUACGAACAAGGGGAGCAGAUGCUGGUGUAUGAGUACGUCUCCAACGGAACACUGAGAGAGAACCUGCUAGUGAGAGGAACGUACCUGGACUGGAAGAAGAGGCUCAGGAUCGCGCUCGGGUCAGCGAGGGGACUUGCGUACCUUCACGAGCUCGCCGACCCGCCUAUCAUCCACCGGGACGUCAAGUCCACCAACAUCCUCCUAGACGACCACCUGAAAGCCAAGGUCGCCGACUUCGGCCUCUCCAAGCUCGUCGCCGACACCCAGAAGGGACACGUCUCCACUCAAGUGAAAGGAACACUGGGUUACUUGGAUCCGGAGUACUACAUGACGCAGCAGCUAUCGGAGAAGAGCGACGUGUACAGCUUCGGGGUGGUGAUGCUGGAGCUGGUGAGCGGGCGGCAGCCGAUCGAGAGCGGCAAGUACAUCGUGCGCGAGGUGAGGCUGGCCAUCGACCCCAACGACCGCGAUUACUACGGGCUGCGGGGCCUCCUCGACCCGGCGAUCCGGGACAACGCGCGCACCGCCGGGUUCCGGCGGUUCGUGCAGCUGGCGAUGCGGUGCGUGGACGAGUCGGCGGUGGCGCGGCCGGCCAUGGGCGAGGUGGUGAAGGAGAUCGAGGCCAUGCUGCAGAACGAGGUCGCCGGGGCCGACGGCGGGGCCACCAGCUCCGCCGGCUCGUCCGCCAACGAGUUCGACGGCGCCGGCGCCGGCGCGCGGUCGCACCCGUACAGCGACACCGAGAUCACGAGAGGCUCGUACGGGGACAACGCGUCGGAUUACAUGCCCUACUUCGAGGUCAAGCCCAAGUAG